AGCAAGGCUUCUUAGAGUCCAAAGUCAAGUCUUUUGAGUGUCUAAGUUCCUCUUUUGUGUGCAAGAAAGUUUGAGUAUUGGGUCUUGUAAGUGUUCAUCAGUCAAGAAAUAAGAUAUAUCCAACAAUGGCUUUUCUUCUUUCAAUUUCUUCGACUUCUAUUGUCACAAUCUUUGCCCUUUCAUUAUCUCUCUACUUUUUAUGUAUGAGGAUCUUGAAAAGCGAAUCCAAGAACAAAAAUACUCCACCAAAAGCAGGCGGAGCAUGGCCUGUGAUAGGCCACCUCCACCUCCUAAAUAGGCCACAACUGGCUCACAGAACUCUGGGUCUCAUGGCAGACAAGUGCGGCCCAAUCUUCACAAUCAAGUUGGGUGUCCAUCGUGCUCUUGUGGUAUGCAAUUCCGAGAUUGCCAAAGAGUGUCUGACCACCCAUGACAAAGUGUUCGCAACUCGUCCAAAGACUCUGGCCAUGGAGAUCUUGGGCUACGACCAUACCAUAUUCAUGUUCAGUCCAUACGGCCCGCAUUGGCGUCAAAUGCGCAAGAUCGCCACACUUGAGCUUCUCUCAAUCCACCGGCUUGAGUCGCUCAAGAACGUACGACAGUCGGAAGUUAAGACUUCCGUGAAAGAGUUGUACCAAUUAUGGGCUGACAACAAAAGUACCGGUCCGAACCAAGUUUUAGUGGACAUGAAGAGAUGGUUCGAAGAUGUUAACUUAAACGUGAUUUUCAGGAUGAUUGUGGGGAAAAGAUACAGCGACGAUGGCGAAGAGAGUAGUGGACAGAAACUAGCGCUAAAGGAGUUCUUUGAGUUGUUUGGGAAAUUUGUUGUGUCCGAUGCCCUGCCGUUUCUGAGGUGGUUGGAUUUGGGAGGUGACGAGAAGGCCAUGAAAAGGAUAGCAAAAGAACUCGACUACGUUGUAGAAGAAUGGUUGGAAGAGCACAAGAAGAAGAGAUCGAGUGGCGGAAGAGCUGAUCAGGAAGACUUCAUGGACGUUAUGCUCUCUAUUCUUGACGAUGAGAAUGAUGUUCCAGCUGGUCAUAGUGCUCAUACCACAAAUAAAUCCACAUGCCAGGCUCUUAUCUUGGCAGCUUCGGAGACAACUACGAUUACUUUGACGUGGGUGUUAUCACUACUACUCAACAAUCGUGAUGUUUUAAACAGGGCACAGAAUGAAUUAGACUCUCACAUCGGGAGAGAGAGGCCGGUGACUGAAUCAGACAUGAAAUCUUUAGUAUACAUAAAAGCCAUUACAAAGGAAACAUUACGAUUAUACCCUCCUGCACCACUCUUGAUACCACACGAGUCCAUGGAGGAUUGCACCGUAGCAGGUUACCAUGUCCCAACAGGAACUCGGCUUCUUAUUGAUGUGUGGAAGAUUCAUCGUGAUCCCCGCAUGUGGGAGGAUCCUCACGAGUUUAGGCCAGAGAGAUUUCUUACAACUCACAAGGAUGUUGAUGUUAAGGGACAUAAUUUUGAGUUGAUACCGUUUGGGAGUGGCAGAAGAAUGUGUCCAGGAGUAUUGUUUGCUCUUCAAGUGUUGCAUCUUACACUUGCGAAUCUACUUCAUGGGUUCGAUUUUGCAACCCCAAAUGAUGAACCAGUUGAUAUGAGUGAAAGGAGCGGCUUGGCAGUGUCUAGAGAAACACCACUUGAAGCCCUUGUUACUCCACGCCUCCAAGGUCAUCUCUAUAUGGAUGAUUUGAUCGAGUACUAGCACCUAACUAAAGGUGCAAUUAUGGGGUGACAGUAUGAGUUUAAUUUGACUUAAAUUUCCGAUAGAUAUGCUGGAUUGCAGAACUAUCGCUUAAAUAAAAACAAAAGGAAGUGGCUCCUUUGAACAAAACUGGGCAUGAGCCGUGCAAUGCCUAGUUUGAUUACAAUAAAUUAUUUGUUACAUUCUCAUAUUGGAUUACAAUAAAAUAAAACAGCAUUAUACUCUA